AUGCUCCGUGUCAAUUCUACCAAUCGCUUGGAAGACGAAUUGGAGACCAUGGAAUGGAUGAACUCGUUCUUGUCAAAGUUUUGGGUGAUCUAUAUGCCUGCAUUAUCUGAUAUGGUAUUGUUCAACGCUAACGAAGUUAUGAAAGACCAGGCCCCGGGCUUUGGUAUCGAGGCAAUUGCUUUGGAUGAGUUCACAUUAGGAUCGAAAGCCCCUAGAAUUGACUCUAUUCAAUCUUUUACCCGGAAAGGUCGUGAUCAUAUUGAAAUGGUCUGGUCGUUCUCGUUCACACCCAACGAUACCGACGGCAUGACUAAGAACGAAAUGCGGAAGAAAAUAAGUCCCAAGGUUGCAUUGGGUGUCACUGUGGGUAAAGCAUUCAUCCUGAAGUCAUUUCCAAUCUUGGUAGAGGACAUGUCUUGUACUGGGCGACUCAAUAUCAAGUUGAAGCUCAACGAGAACUUUCCGCACGUGAAAACAGUCUCUGUUCAGUUCCUCGAACCUCCUGUUUUUGACUAUGCUUUGAAGCCCGUGGGUGGUGAUUCCUUCGGUUUGGACAUCAUGUCUUUUAUUCCAGGUUUGUCCUCUUUCGUCAAUGGUCUUAUCCAUUCCAACUUGAGACCAUUUCUCUACGCUCCUAACUCUCUUGAUAUAGAUGUCGAAGAAAUCAUGUCGCAGCAGUCAAAUGACUCGGUCGGAGUGCUUUACGUUCAUAUCAAACGUAUUACAAACUUAAAGUCGACAUCAGACAUCAAAGAGUUCAAUCCAUAUGUGCAAUUGAGUGUUUCUAACAACCAAUCUCUUUGCGAGAAAACAAAGGUGAAGAAGAAUACAACUGAUCCGGUUUACUUAGAAACAAAGUAUCUCUUGAUCAGCGCUCUCGAUCAAAAUCACCUUACUUUCAAUGUUUUUCACAUGGUCCCAGAUAAAAUGCUCGAUACUCCCCUUGGUAUUGUUAAAGUCCCUUUGAUUGACUUUUUGCAAAAAGAGGUUCAAACUGGUUUGACAAGUAAAAUCAUAGAGUCUGGAAAAGUUGUUGGUAAACUCGAGUACGACUUGAAGUGGUACCCAACAAUUCCCGAUGCUAUCUUAGAGGAUGGAACCAAAGAGCACAACAUCGAUACGCAAGUGGGUAUCAUGAAAUUAUCGCUUUUUGGUGCGACUGAUCUAGACACUUCCAAAUCAAUCAUUGGCUUGUUAGAUCCAUAUGCUGAAGUUUAUGUCAACAACGAAUUGAUCAAAACAUCAAGAAGAUUAAAGAAAACUAAUGAGCCAGCAUUUGGUGUCACAUUUGAAUCUCUUAUAACCCUGCAAGCACAAACCUCAAUUCAGGUGAUUGUCAAAGAUUCAGCGGAAAACCAAAUCGUAGGAAGAUUGGACGCCAACUUGCAAGAUUUGGUGUUCGAAUCUUCAAGAGGUCAACAAUGGAUCACUGCCCCACCAGUGAACAAGGAUGGACAUCCUGCUCGCUUUAGAAUCGGUGCCAAAUGGAAAGCUUUACCUUUGGAGACUGAUGAAAUCAAUGCUCACAUCGAAGCUCCGAUCGGUGGAUUACGUUUGCACAUCCGCAUGGCUAAGGAUCUCAUCAAUCUCGAAGCUGUGGGUGAUGUCGAUCCCUACGUUAAAAUUAUUCAAAGUGGUAGGUUGAGGGCGAAGACAAACAUUAUUGCAGAAACUCUGAACCCGUACUUCAAUCAAGUCUUCUUUUUGCCUGUUGCUAAUGAACAUCAACAUGUUCUUCUCGACAUUUUCGAUGCAGAGCCCGAAGGAAAAGAUCGUCCUUUAGGUUCAUGUGCCAUUUCUAUUAAAGACUUCUUGAAAAAGAGUCCUGAUGGCUACUAUCUUGGCUACGAUGGUGAACAGGAAGUCAUUGAGCAGCCUGUUCUAUACCAAGGCAAAAGUUAUGGAACUAUGUCUUACUCCGUUUCAUUCUUCCCAAAUAUUCCUGUUAUGACAAAAGCUCAGAUAGAGAAUAUUGGUGAUAUUGAAGCUGAACAAAAAAAGAAGGAGCAAGCCGAGAAAUCCAAGGAGUUGAAAGAGAAAGAGCUCUACGAGAAGUACCCUAAUGACUACGAAUGGGUAGAAAUGCAAGAAGAUAUCUGCCCAGAGCCUACAAAGAUCGAAAUGCCUCUUGAAAAAGCCAUUAAGUAUCGAUCUGGAACCUUACUUGUGAAGAUUUUGAGUGGAAGCUUCAACAAGCCGGACUACUACGUUCACACUUUGUUUGAUGACAAUAUUUACCCGGCAGGAGUUUCGGCUCAGGCUGAUGGACGUAAUUUGACUAUACCUGUUUCUGUGGAAGCUUUCAUGAGAGAUUUGCCCAAUUCUAAGGUGGUCUUUAGAUUGUCUAAAAGAAGAGAGCUCGACGACCAGAAAGAUGUUGCCACUGAAAAGAUUCUUCAGACUCUAGACGUAUUGAAGAGGUCGUUUGCAAAACCACUCACCAUCAAUCUUGAUGCAAAGAAUAAGAUUAAAGUGCGGAUGGAAUUCAUUCCCUCGGCAGUUAAAUUGCCUCCUUUGGAUACCGUACUUGAUGUUGGACUAGUCACCUUGGAUAUUUUAUCCGCAAGUGGUCUCAAACCCGUGGAUAGAAAUGGCAAAUCGGACCCAUUCUGUGUCAUCAAACUCGAUGGUAUAGAGAUUCAUAGAACAGAUAAACAAAGGAGAACCUUAAAUCCGGUCUGGAAUGAUGCCAUCAAAUUUCCGAUGUUGUCUAGAUCGAGACAGGUACUUUUGCUCGAGGUAUACGAUUGGGAUUUGACCCAUGAUGAUGAACUUUUGGGACUGGCUAACCUUGACUUAUCACUCAUAACACCAAACAACUCUACACAAUUUGAGUUGCAAUUAGAUACUGAAGGAACGAUGUUGAUACGGGCAACUUUCAAGCCACAAUUUGUCAGACCAAAACUUUCAAAAUCGUCCGGUCUUCCAAUUGAUCUCAGUGACGUCACAGGAGUCCCACUUAAGGUCGUCGGUGGAGCCGCUGAUCUUGCUGGAAAUGCUGUUGGUAGCGGUAUUGCUUUGGUGACUGAUGGUGUUUCACUCGGUGGAAAUUUCAUUAAGGGGAUUACAAAGGGUAAGAAGAAAUCUGAUCUGAGCAGUAUUGCCGAGAAGGACAAGGAAAGAAAACCGAGAGGUAGUAAAGAUUUCUUCCGCAGACACAAACAUGACUCUACCUCGGCUCAUGGCCAUGACAAUGCGCUGGAGAACCUUGCUGCAAGCUCUACCCAUGCGUCGGGUGAUGCGGCUGAUGACACUACAUUCAUGAGCCACACCAUGGACGACAUUGAGUCCAGAGACGAGGACGAGCGUGAUGAAAGCGACGAGGAGAGCACAAAGCAUGAGACAGCCCCUUCUGCUGAAGAGCAACAAAACCAAAAUGUCCCUUCGCAAGUGAAGAAUGCAAUUCCUAAUAUUUUACCAGAGUUUAUUCCGCCACCACAAGGACCUCAGGGAUUUAUGGGUCAUCUGAGAAAUAUCAGUGACAGUACUAACAUCAGUACGAUCUCUGCAAUGAGCCACGGUGAGCGGGAUGUUCCGGGUAGGAUUAGCAUCGUAUCAUUGAAGGGACUAGACUCAGCUGCAUACUCCGUGAAGGCGACUCUCAAGAAAGAUGGCAGAAGCAAGGAUAUUUUUAAGACGAAGAGUGUUAAGCCAAGCAAAUCUGGCGAGGUCGAAUUCAAGGAGCAUUUUGUGUUCCUGGCCCCUACCAAUGGCAUGUUGAUUUUCCAUAUCCGCGAACAUCAUGCUCUUGGAAGAAAGCAAAAGGUGGCCCUGGUAGAUAUCAACUUGAGUCAGUUCGUUGGAGACGAUAAGUUGUUCAACGUGGCAGCUGGCAAGGGUGAGCUUCUGCUAAAGAUCACAUACGGAGCUCAUGAGCAUCAUGCCUAA